AAAAUCACUCUUCCGGAUUAUACAAAUGUGAGGAUUUCCCAGCGUCGCUCUCUGGUGUCUACAAGAUUCGCAGGUUCCUCCAACUUGCCUCCCACCCAAGAUAUAAAGGAAUAAGGACACCAUGUCACGGACAGCAAAAAAAAGGCAGGCAGAUCCCAAAGUGGUCCAGUAUAUAUGGGCAGCGAUUGAAGUAAUUCGUAAUCAAAAACAAAUUGCAAAUAUGGACCGUAUAUCAAAGUAUCUGUCUCGAGUAUUUGGUAUGCACCCAAAAGAGACCACACGACAGCUGAGUCUGGCUGUUAAAGAUGGGCUUGUGGUUGAAACACUGACAGUAGGCUGUAAGGGUUCCAAGGCUGGAAUAGAGCAGGAAGGAUACUGGCUACCAGGAGACGAGAUUGAGCAGUACACAGAAGGAAGGAAGGUUAAGCUCCUUAAAGAAGGAAAGAAGAACACGGAGGAUGACCUGUACUAUGGGAGAUCUCAGACAGCCACAGAUCCAGUAAUGGACUGGGAGACAGAAAAACAUGACUGGUACUGCUUUGAAUGUCACCUCCCAGGGGAUGUUCUUAUGUGUGACUCAUGCUCUCGUGUAUACCACACCAAAUGUCUGCCUGACGAAUUCAAGCCUAGGGACAACAGCUCACACUGGCAUUGCAUUGUGUGCAGGAGUGCUAAGAAGAAGAGUCUUAACAAGCAAGAAAUGACCAAGUAUCUUCGGUUUAUAGUGCAACGAAUGAGGGAAAGGGCAGUAGACCUGAAUAAAAAAGGAAAAGAUAACAAGCAUCCAAUGUACAGAAGACUAAUUUACACACCACUUGAGGUUUCAAAUAUACAGGAGAAUGUCAAUGAAGGCAAGUACAAAAGUUUUGAAGAGUUCAAAGCAGACGCCCAGUUGAUUGUACACAAUACAGCAAUUUUAUAUGGAGUUAAUAGUGACGAAGCCGAAGUAGCUAAACUACUUUACAGUGAUACAUGUCAUGAGCUUAAUGAGCUGCAGCUUUGCAAAAACUGUUUUUAUCUUUCAAAUGCAAGGCCUGAUAGCUGGUUUUGCUAUCCUUGUAUGCCAAAUCAUGAAUUGGUAUGGGCAAAGAUGAAAGGAUUUGGUUACUGGCCUGCGAAAGUCCUACAAAGAGAAGACAAUCAAGUAGAUGUAAGGUUCUUUGGUCACCAGCACCAGAGAGCCUGGAUUCCUUCAGAAAAUAUUCAAGACAUAACGGUGAAUGUCCAUCAGCUGCAAGUUAAGCGAAGCAUGGGCUGGAAAAAAGCUUGUGAUGAGUUAGAACUUCACCAGCGUUUUUUACGGGAAGGGAGGUUCUGGAAGACAAAAAUGGAAGAUAGACAUGAGGAAGAAGCAGAGUCAAGUAUCUCAUCCACCAGCAAUGAACAGCUGAAAGUCACCCAAGAACCCAAAGCAAAAAAGAGUCGUAGGAGUCAACAUUUGGAGCCCAAGGAAGAGGACCCAGAGCCAGAAAUUGAAGCAGUUAGCUCAAGCCAAGAAAUUCCCACAACACCGCACCAGCCUGAAAAAGUAUCUGUUUCAACUCAGACCAAAAAAUUAAGUGCCUCCUCCCCAAGAACAAUACAUCGGAGCACUCAAACCAAUAAUGAUGGAGUGUGCCAGAAUAUGUGCCAUGAAAAGUACACCAAAAUCUUCAAUGAUGUUAAGGAAAGAAUGAAAGCUGAUAACAAGAGGGAAACUGAAAGAGUUGUCAGAGAAGCAUUAGAAAAGUUACGUGCUGAGAUGGAAGAAGAAAAACAUCAGGCAGUCACCAAGGCAGUGACUAACACCCAAGCUGAAAUGGACAGAAAAUGUAAACAGGUGAAAGAAAAAUGCAAAGAAGAGCUAGUUGAAGAAAUCAAGAAAUUGGUUUCACAGCACAAGCAACUAAUUUCUCAAACAAAGAAAAAACAGUGGUGUUAUAACUGUGAAGAAGAAGCCAUGUAUCACUGCUGCUGGAACACAUCCUACUGCUCUAUUAAAUGCCAGCAGGAGCAUUGGCAUGCAGAACACAAAAGAACUUGCCGCAGGAAAAGAUGAAGUCCAUUUUCCUUUUUUUUUUUUUCCUUUUAUUAUCCAUCAAUCAGUGACUCACUGUGUCAACUGCUUCUUUUGCAGCAGUGUUUUAUGAACACAAAUUGAGUUGUUUCUUUUAUGAACUCAUAUUUGCACCAGCCUAAACACGCGUACUAAAAACUUUGCACAAUGUUGCCACACACUUGCAUUUUUACAUAUAUAUGUAUAUAUAAAUUUAUAUACAUAUAUUUCAAAUCUUUAAAAAUGCUUGGUAACAUUAUUUACGCUCAUUAAGAUCAGGAUGCAAAAGGCAUUUGUUUAAUGUGUGCAGUGGAAAAUCAUUUUUUACCGGUGUUUACCUUUGUUGUUGAAUGUGUUAUUUAUGUAUGUUGCUAAUGAUAAGCAUAUGCACACAUAAAAAAAUCAUUUUAUUACCUUGAUUUUUUUAUAGAUCUUUUCUUACUGUUAAAUAUAAAAAUAAUAAAUUAAAAAAAAAAAAAAAAAACUAAUAGAACAAUCUAGUAGCAGAAAGGUGGAAUUUUAAUGAAUACAUGUUAGCUUUUCAAAAUUGCUUUUAACAAAAUACUGCUUUUCUCAAUGGUGAUGUCUGACCUUAAUAGCCCCUGUGUAAGGUGAGUAGAAUUAAUUAUUGGUUAAUAUCCAUUGGUUUAUAUUCAAGGUUGUAAUUAAAAUAGGGAACAGGGUUAUUAAUGGCAGUUAAGACACUGUCAGAAAUCAUUUAAACAUUUGUGUACUUUUUUCUUUUAAAUGUUGUCUGUUUUUUAUGCAAAUAUUCAAAAUGAUCUUCUGAGUUACAGAUCUGGGGAAUAUAGGAAUCUUACCUGAGCUGGAUCUUAGAGAAGGUUUUAAACUUAUGUCAUGUUUUACUGUUUGCACAUUCUUUUUUUUCUUAACCCCUUAAAGCAUGUAUAAUAGCCAAAUGUCAUGCUAACAAAAAGCGACAAUGCUUAUUUCCAUUUUAUUUUUACACAGUUACCAUUGUUAUAUUGUGAUAUUAAAAGCAUUACGUUGUAGAGGACAUUAUGUUACACGAUAUUGUAGAAGACAACUAGAAAACUUAAUUCACAAAUGCUGUUUGCUGCUUUUAGUCAGUGUUUGGUGCCUCUGUCUUACGUUUAUUUUCUACUUUUUCCAGUUCCAUUAUUAUAUGCAGAAUGAAGAAAUGUGCAUGUUGGUAAAUGUGUCAGAAUUGUUCUGAAUUUAAGGUUCAAAAUGCAGACAUGUAAGGAUGGACAAAUAUAAAAUGUACCAAUCAUUUGCCAUGAUACAUUAUGGAGCUUUUUGCUGGUAUUAACCAGUGAAAUAUAUAUUAGUAAGGGUGGUAAAAACAUUAAAUUGAUUAUAUUAAUGCAUUUUACAUAGGUUAGCAAUGAAAACAAAACUGCAAAUAAAGUCAAACUUUGUAUUAUUUAUUUAUUUAUUUACUUAUUUAUUUUUCCCUAAAUCAUUGUAAUAUCUGAAUCAUUUCUGCACAACUAUUGAAUUCUGACAUAUCUAUCGUUUGUUAGUGAAGGAGUGUUGGCAGUGUCUACAGAUACCAUGUAACAUCAUAGUUUUUGUAGGUGUUAAGUCAAAUGUUAAUGUUUUCUGUAAUCUGUAGCAAACAUCAUUAGCAAUAUGUGUUGUCACAGCAUUAUUUACAGUCUCAGACUGUAGCUUUUUGUUCAACCUUUUUUCAUGCUUUCUAUGCUAUGCCCUGAGCAAAACUGCUUGCCCUGCCUGUAGGUUUAUUGACAAUUACUUCAUGGAGAGAGAGAAAUAAUUGUUACUAUUUUCUAAUUUUCAGUAAGCAGCAAGUCUUUAACUGACAUAUGCUUAAUAUAUUCUUUCAUUGGUUUUCUUUUUAAACCUAAACAUGUAAAAAUAAGUACGACUCUAUUAAACCCAAAAUGUAGCAGUGGUUGUCCUAAUCGC